GUACGUCCCGGCGAGGCCCGCCCCUCGGGCGGCGGAGGUUCCGCCAUGAACAGCGUGGGCGAGGCCUGUACGGAGCUGAAGCGCGAGUACGACCAGUGCUUCAACCGCUGGUUCGCUGAGAAGUUCCUCAAGGGCGAGAGCGCGGGGGACCCCUGCGUGCAGCUUUUCAAGCGCUACCAGCUCUGUGUGCAGAAAGCUAUUAAGGAGAAGGACAUCCCCAUUGAAGGGCUGGAAUUCAUGGGCCCCAGCAAAGGAAAAGCUGAAAACUCCUCAUGACUUCAGUUGGACCACACAGAACCAUUAGCUUGAUCUUUGGGCUCAAAAAAAUCAUCUUACAAAAGACUAGAGGACAGCUGAUGGGAAGGUGGCUUUAAAUCAGCUGCUGCUUCUGUCUGGUUUUUUAAAAAGCAAGGAGUCUUCUGUGCAGUUUUUUAAUGCUGAGCUGUGUAGCAAUUACUGUUCCAUUUGAAAUGAGCAUUGAAAUGAGCAUUACGUUCUGCAGUGUGAAAAACUCUUCAUUUAACUUCCUAAACAAAUGUACUCUGAACUGAGGAAUGCUUGUUAGGAUUGGUUUCUGUUUCUUAUUUAUAUAUUAGACAAUUUCCAGUGUUAAGAUGAACAUGAAAAGGUGCAUGCUGCCAAAUUUUAGUGGGCUACAUCUUGACUGAUCUUUGUUUUACUAAAUAUUAUGGGCUACAGCCUUGCCUCUCAUCCGUUUAAUUAUAGCAGUGUUUUAAAUGCUACCACCAUUGGGUCUGCAGUGUUUGGAUAUAUGCAAUGAAGAAUGUAACCUGGUCAGGUCAAGUUAUACUUAACUAAAGGAUGCAGGGGUGUAGUUAAACCUGACUUUGGCCUUCAAGAAAGGCCGAAGGCAACCUGCCACAGGGGAGAAACACUGACUUGAGGAGUUAUGCUCAGUAGCCUCACUCAAAGCACUGAUAAUAUGUUACUGCUGUCUACUAGCAAGUGACUCCAGCUUCGAGAGUAAAGUUGCAGUGCAUGCUUAGUCAGUAUCCUUUACACCUUUCCAUGCUAUACCAUAAAAGUGCCAGACUGACCCUAGUUACUAGAUUUGGCUUCACAUAACUAUGAAUUGGAUAAGGGCAUCUGUAUUGCUUUUCUUUCAGUAGAGACUUCUUGCUACUUUGGAGCCAGAAGAAAAAUCUGAAGGAAGAAGAAGAAAAAGCACAUCAAGAUAGGACUACCUAAGUCAUGUCCAGCACCCAAAUUUAGUAGUUUAGUCUCUCUCUCUUUUUUUUUUUUUAAGAGUUACUCGACUUAGAUUUUGAAAUACUUUGGGCAAAGGAUUGCUAGAGAUGUAAGCUUAAUAUCUUUUUUUCUGCAAGUACAACACUAAUCUUUCGAACUAACCUGUGAAUUGUAAUAUAAGUGGCUAGAGACCUCUCAUAAGGAAAGAAUUUUUCCCCAUCAGGUUUCUGAUAGCUAUUUCCUUAUGCAGACAUGAGGAGGUCUAUUAGGAGUAAGUUCUACCUUUUUCAACUCACUGAAUAUCCUACAAGAUCCCUUAAGAAAGUGGCUUUUUCUUGCUUUUGUUCAGUCGGAGGAACUGAAAAGGCAAGGGAUUUGGGGGUUUGAGGGACCCAAAUCGGGGGUCAUUCUUUCCCUUCAUGUGGACAUUGAAGUUUGCAAAAGGGAAAAUUCCCAGCCAGUUCAAUAAAAGAGCUGAGUCUUUUACCCUCAAGAACACUAUGAUGAAGAUAAGGGGCUGCUGGAUUGUGAGGGGAAUAUGGAGUCAAAGGCUAGAGGGCAAAGCCCAACCUGAUAAAUCCUUUUUUGUUCUUUCAGAGCUCAAAACAGUGUUGGUUCUUUGGGAAUACAGUUAGCAAGAGACCAGCUGUACUCCAUUGUGCCUUCCUAGGUUCAAGAGCAGGAGUGCCCUACUCAACUAAUGAGACUUGCAGGGAUGGAGCUCUGUUAUGAGAUGCCAUAGAAGGCUGUAAGCACAGUAUCUCCAGACAAUGGUGUUUUACAGGAGACGGUUUCUUAGGGUCUGUAGCUGUAAACUGCUCUAGGAUCACAGGAAUAAAAUUCCCCUCCCCUCCCAGUCUUUUCAAUAGCUUUAAAAGUCAGAAAGUCACAGUAGUAUCUCUGCAACAUGGGGAAUAAGUACUCGGUGCCAUUAAAAGUACUUGGAACAACACAUCUUCCAGAAAGUAGAAGUUAAGGUUGCAGUUGAUCUUGUCUUGAUUUUUCCUCUGCUGAAUAGCAGUGCUCUGCAACUGUUGAACUCUUAUUUAAGAGUGUAUGUAGCCAGCCAUGACCUUUAGAAUUGAGAUUGGCCUAAAACAUUUGUUGCUGUAUAACUGCACACAGUAUCCAAAAGACUGAACUGCCAACACCACACAUGGCAUAGCAGGGUUAAUCAUUCCUAGAAUCUUCACCAAGCAUUUAGUUCUUUGGGAACCUGACCCUGUAAAAUGCCAUCUAAUAAUUGAGUCCCACCCAGAGUGUUAUUAGAAGCAGAGCUGGCUUUUUUCCUUAUCUAAAUCUUUAAAUUUAGACUUAAGGCAGCCCUUGGAAAAUGGCAGCUUUUAGAUUUCACUCAUUUUUUGAUACAAAAAAAUAACAGCAAUUCUUUCUGGGCAAGGAACUCAGGAAAACGAUGACAGCUUUUGACCGCAGGAAGACCAUAAAAGAACAUUUUUUACUUUG